CCGUCCUUAUUGAAAUAUAUAUACUUAAUCAUUCAUUCUGAUAUCCGUCUUCUAGAUCUGUGAACUGCACUCUGACUGGACAUACGAGUGGGACGAUGAAAUGAAAGUACCAUUCAGAUACAAAAGUGACCAACUGGUGGGAUAUGACGACGUUAGGUCCAUGACAGAAAAAGUCUUGUACGCCAAUUCAAAGAAGCUUGGAGGGAUUAUGCUUUGGUCCUUGGACACAGAUGAUUUCAGGGGACUAUGUGGUCGAGCGUAUCCUCUACUUAAGACUAUUAAGGAAAAUCUCAAGUGAAACAGCUUAUGAAAUGUAUACGGUUGAAGUUUUGUAUUAUGUAGUUUAAGUGACUUUUAAAAAUAUACUAAAUCCUUAGUAAGCUG